GGCAUUUAACAGGUAGAAUGGAGAAUAAUCUCUUUGUACUAGUUGAGUGGACCAAUGGGAGACAGCUUUCCAUUGUAGGGGGACAACACCUCAAGAAUGCAAAAAUGCUGUUUUCUAAAGGAGAUAUUGAAUGGGCGAAUUUGGAUGCAUGGCCUCCACCUGAUGGUUGGGAAGUACACAGGGGUCAGGUUUUGAAUUUCAGCAGCAGGAAUUAGAAAAUACAUUGGGAGAGAUUGCUCUCACAAGGUCUAAGGAAAUAAAGAGAGAGAAGCAGAAGAGGACCAAGGAGAAGAGGGACCAGACCAUGAAAAAAAUGGCUGGGAAACUUAUUCAAGAAGAUGAAGAGCAGGGAAAGCAAACAAAAGAGAUUCAAAGCAUCCUGACCUGUGUUAAGAAGUUCCAAGACUGGAAGAAGGUUUGCGAAAUUCUCAUGGAGAAGUUGUUUGUGAAUGAAGUUUCGGCAAGGAGCAAUGUAUCUGGGACACAAGGACGCCUGAAACUCAAUGAUGAAAAGCUUGAAGUCUUGAAAGGAUACUUGACAGAGGCCUUCAAGGUUUCUGAGUCAACAGUCCACGAGAAGAUCAGACAGCGAUGUGCCUUCACCUUCGGCGAAAGG